GUUGUGUCCUGCAUAUGCUGCUGCUGAUCCAGCUUCCUGUUAAUGCAUCCUUAUAGGCAGCAGAUGAUGGCUGUAGUGCUUGGGUCCCUGCCUCCCAUGUGGAAGACCCAGAUGGGCUUCUGGGUUCCUGACUGUGGCCCGGCCCAGCCCUGGCUGUUGCAGCUGUUUGGGGAAUGAACCAGAGUCUGGAAGAUCUCUCUCUCUCUCUCUCUCUCUCUCUCUCUCUCUCUUUCCUUUCAAGAAAAUGGGGAGGGGGCUGUGGAAGAUGCCUUGGUGGUAAUAUACAAGGCAGAAAUCCUGUGACUGCUCACAUCAUUCUCAACUUGUGUUUUCUUCCAACAUCAAAUAUAUUAGUACUGUAGUACCACUGAGGGACACAGGCUGUGGUUCUUAGAGUGUGGUUCUUGGGCCAGCAGUGUCAGCAUCACCUGGGAACUUACUAGAAAUGCAGAUUCUCAUACUCUACUCCAGCCACCACAUGGACAACUCUCAGAUGGGCUUUAGCAGUCAUUGCCAGCAGACCUCUGGGACUCUGAUGCAUUCGACACAGACAGUAAAUGUGAAAUCUCUUGAUUGAAGUAUAAGCUGCCUGAAGUGUUCCAAAUUCCCAGAUGAGUGUUCACGUGUGCAGGGAGUGUGUGCUCCCUCUGUCUGCUCCAUCAGAAUUAGGAGGGCAAGAAAUGAGAAAUUGUCUGCUAGUCUUGACUUUUCUUAGAACUGUGUAGAUCAUGAGAAAACAAAUUCUAGACUGAGUAUUAGAGCUUUAGAUAAUAGAUAGGAAAGCUGUGAGAGUCCCUGAUCCUGCCAUGUGAUGGAUACUCCCGGGACUGAGAGAUACGUCACAGGAUGUGGCUGACACCUGCUCUGUGUAUGACUUGGGUUUGGGAUUCGCUUCAACAGGCCGUCAGAUGGAGGAGGUGCUGCAGGAGCUAGUGGUUGUUGAGGGAGAGAAAACAGUGGUUUCCUCACAGUACUCAGAAUCAAGUCAGGUUGGUGCACUAGCUCUUCCUGGACCCGUUGGCCCAGACGGUGCUAGCAGUUAAGAGGUAUGCUGAAAAGCGCGAGCAUGGUCCUGCUGUCAGGGAGGCUGACUUUGCUGGGAACUUCCUGUGUUUUGCGCACUUCUCAAGUGCUGUUUCUUCUCAUCUUCACAGUGUGCUGCAGAGUGGUUGGCAGCAUCCUCACUGGUAGGGAAGAGAGUGGACACCUGGUCCCUUGGUGGAACUUGCUCCUGAGCACAGAGGCAGUAACAGGUGGGGGCUAAGGUUCUAGCCCUGGCUUUUCUGAUUUUAAAUGCCGCACUCUUUUUCUCCAUUUCAUGUUUUGCGACAAGAGCCUUUAAAAGGACAGUCGUAGGUGAAUCUCAUUUUUAUCUCCCGCCUCAGCCUUGUGCUUGGAUAUCCCAGAUUUUGCAUGCCCGAGACCAGAAUCGUGAUCGUUCUUCUCUGCAUGCUUGGUACCCUUGCAGGGUUCCCAGCUCUCUGGUGCACACCACUAGCCACCAGGUAGCUCUGUUCUUUUCUUUCUUUCUUUUUUUUAAACAGGCAGAGUUAGAGAGAGAGACAGAGAGAAAGGUCUUCCUUCUGUUGGUUCACCCCCCAAAUGGCCUCCACGGCCAGUGUGCUGCGCCGAUCUGAAGCCAGGAGCCAGGUGCUUCUCCUGGUCUCCCAUGUGGGUGCAGGGCCCAAGCACUUGGGCCAUCCUCCACUGCACUCCCGGGCCAUGGCAGAGAGCUGGACUGGAAGAGGAGCAACCGGACAGAACUGGCACCCCCCGACCGGGACUAGAACCUGGGGUGCUGGCGCCACAGGCAGAGGAUUAGCCUAGUGAGCUGCGGCGCCGGCCGCUUUGUUCUUUUCACCCACUGCAUGUGAUCCACUUUCUACCUCCUGAAUGUCUGCUCCACCUAAUUCUCAUCGUGUCUGUGGAUUUCAUCGUAGUCCAGCCUUUGAUCUGUCUGCUGGACGUUAGCCAGAGCCUCCUUGGUCUCCUGCAUCCACUCUGACCCUCCUUUAAUCCAUCAGCAGUAUUGCAACCAGAGCGUGGCAUGACUGGAGGGGACCCAAAACUCUGCUGGCUGGGUCUCUUCCAGUUCCUGGCCAAGCCUUCACGGAAGCAUACAGAUUCUGGCCCCUCGGGUUCUCCAGAUUGGGGAGAACUCUUGCACAGCCUCUGAGGGUUUGUUCCUCCCAGUAGCUCUGCCACUUGGCUCUCCUGGCGUGCAGGCAGGUCUGUAUUCCUAACUACGAUCAGCUGCUCUUAGAGGCACAGGAGAAAAACUUGAGUGGGGCCCCAGGGACUUGACCAUCCAUACCCCCAAAACCAGACAGAGUGUCCUGGGAAUCUCUGAGUUGUACUUCAUAAUUCUAACCAGGAACCAGAGACCUCUGCCACCAAUCAUAGUUGUUUAUGUACUGGGUUUGAUUGCCCUCCCAGUGUCACAUUUGUGGUCACCUGUGGCGGAGACAUGCUGCAUUUACAGGCUAGGCAUAAAAUCUGACCUUUCCCCAAAGGAUGUUUGUCUCUGCCCCUUGGCUGUGGCUUAUCCUGGCAGCUUUGGGGAGAAGGUGGUAUUUCUUUGCACAACUGGUAGAAUCAAUAAAGAAGCAUAGCUUGAAAUCCUUUCUUUGUGCACUUGCUCGUAGUAGGAAACUAUGAAGUAGGUGGAGGAAAUCUUCCAAACUCUAAGGGGAGGGGCACGGCUGGAUCCAUCUCAUCUUCUCAUUUGACCUGCAUACAGACCCAGACCAUUGACGUGAUUCCAGGGUCUUCCUGCCGCUGCACUCUCAGGACCACCACGCUGUCCUCACUAACCACUGUGCAGCCGCCUCCCUGUGCCGAGCACCUGCCAGCUCCUGACGCUUCAGCCCACCUAUGGCUCCCUGUGGGGUGCUCUUCACGUUGGCUGGGCAUGCUGAGGUCAACUCUGAAGUUCCUUGUGGAAGGGGGCCUUCUCCACCUACGCCUGUCCAGGACAGGGCCGGCAGCCCACUCUUGGGCAAGGUCCUUCAGGAUGACCUGUCUCCUCUGUCUCCCCAGCAGACCCUCAGCAGCGGGAGGCAGAGUUCACUCAGCGAGCAGCUUUCUGCUUGCAACCCCGUCCGUCAGCAAGACAUCAGCACGCAGGGGUUUUCUUGAAUAACGAAGUUGGUGAAUGUCAGGCCAUUCACCUUUUACCAAAUCCUUUUUGUAAAUUUUGAGUGAAGAGAGGAAGUGCCUAGAGAUUAUGAGUGAACCGCCUCACAUCGCUCCUCGUGCCUGUGGACUUUGUUUUACUGUCUUUGUGAAUGCCUAAUCCCACAGCUGUGGCUCUCAGUGUUCCUAUAAUGGCAGCUGCAGGUAUUAUCCCCAGGAAAGUCAGCCUGGGUCAUCAGAGACAAUGUUCCUGCAAGGACCCCCAAGCUAUUUGCCCAUGCAGUGGGGGUGGGAUGAAUGAACUGUCUGGCUUUUGGGGGCUAGGAUAGAAGGAACAGUUUCUGUCAAUACCUUUUUGUCCUUCUGAAUUUUGAACCCUAUUUGUGAAUUAUUCAUCUAAAGAUUUAAGACUACAAAAGUAAAAGAGAGGUUGGUGCUGUGGCAGAGUGGGUAAAGCUACCGUCUGUAGCAUUGGCAUCCAGUUUGGGCACCGGUUUGAGUCCCAGCUGCUCCGUGUCUGAUCCAGCACACUGCUAAUGUGCCUGGGAAAGCAGCAAAGGAUGACCAAUUGCUUGGGCCCCUGCACCCACGUGGGAGAACUGGAUAAAGCACCUGGCUCCUGGCUUCAGUCAAGCCUAGCCCUGGCCAUUGUGGCCAGUUGGGGAGUAAACCAGCAGAUGGAAGAUUGAUCACCCCCACCCUUUCCGAUAAAUACAAUCUUUAAAAAAAAUAGAAGCAAAAGGAAGGAAGGUAUAACAAGAAAUGUGAGGGGAUAGGAAUGAUUGCUAUUUAGAGAAAAGGGGAUGCAGUUCAGGGGGAAGUUGUCCUAAAAAUGUUCUUGUCUUCGAGGGUACAGUCAGUUGCUUCUGACUUGCUUUGUACGUCUGUGGAGAAUUUUGCAGUUUCUGCUUCAAGAGGAUUCCAUACUGUACAACCUGACUUAAAAAUGUUGUCCUGGAUGCUGUUGCUGUGGCCUAGUGAGUGAAGCCGCCGCCUGCAACACCGGCAUCCCAUAUGUCUCGGCUGCUCUGUUUCUGAUCUAGCUCCCUGCUAAUGGCCCGAGAAAGCAGCAGCAGAAGGCCCAGGUGUUUGGUUUCCUGCCAUCCACAUGGGAGACCUGGAGGAAGUUCCUGGCUCUUGGCUUCUGCCUGGCGCAGUACUGAUCAUUGCAGCCAUCUGGGAAGUGAACAGAUGGAAGAUCUCUCUGUUUCUCUCCCUCACUCCCUCUCUCUCUGUCUGUAAUUCUGAGCUUCAAAAUAAAUGUUUUUUUUAAUUUUUAAAAUUUUUUAUAAGAUUUUUUUUGCCUGACCUUCCCCAUCAAAAAAUACAUGCAAUCUAAAGAAUUAUAUAACCCAGUUAUUUAAUAAAGAACUUGUUGAGGAAGGAGUGAGCUGGGCGUUGAAGCAGUCUGUUUGAUGAUCUACAAAUGCUUAGGAUGGAAUAAGAGACAGGCUUGUAGCAUCCUAUGGAACCUGGUUAAUAUAAGUGGACCUAAAUGCUUGCCUUUAAUCUUUUCACAUAGCUUUUUGGGUUACCUAAUCAUAGAGGCCCUGGCUCCUAGUACUAUCACAUUGGGGUUUAGGAUUUCAACAUGAAUUUUGGGGGUACACAAAUAUUCAAUCCUUUGUAUAACCUUUUAUGGCCAGGUCAGUGCCCUGUAAGGAACGCAUUCUAUGUUGGAACCCAGUGUAUAUAUAGACACAUAGAAAGUAUAAUCAAAAGUUCCAUGAUAGAACACAGAAUGACGCUGCAUGAGGUGCUCUCGGUUCCUUUCUGAUACAUUCUCUUCCACCUCCAACCUCUACCAAACGCUGGUCAUGGUGGACGGAAUCGAUUUUAAUCCCUGGUAGAAGGCGGAGAUGUGCCAUUCAGAAAGCAUGAAUCAGAUCUGUUGUCCCCUCCAGGGCCGCCUGGGCCUGUGUUCAUGCACUUAGUGGGGACCUGACCCUGGCUCCACAGCUAGUGUUCAUUCCGCUCCUGUGCUGUCGUGAGGGUCGGGAGUUGGCAGCCACCUAACUAGUCCUCUGGGAGACUUCAUUUUUGUCACGAAGGGCUGGGAGAGCUUGGGGAGCAGGCACUCGAUAGAACUUGGAGUUGAAGAGUGAGUCAUAAGGCUGCCUUCUCUGUCAUACAGGACAGGAACUUGGGAAAGAAAACAGUCUCAACAAUGAACAGGCCACCCAUCACUACCAGCUACAGAUGACUUGCUGUUUCAUUCUCAAAGAUGUCGUCUGCUGCUGAAAAUGGAGAUGCAGCACCUGGAAAACAAAAUGAAGAAAAAACCUAUAAAAAGACUGCAUCAUCUGCUAUCAAAGGUGCUAUUCAGCUGGGAAUAGGAUACACAGUGGGGAAUCUCACUUCCAAGCCGGAGCGAGAUGUUCUCAUGCAAGACUUUUACGUGGUGGAAAGUGUGUUCCUACCCAGUGAAGGAAGCAACCUGACCCCUGCGCACCACUUCCCAGACUUCCGAUUCAAGACGUACGCUCCGCUGGCCUUCCGGUAUUUCAGAGAGCUUUUUGGGAUCAAGCCUGACGAUUACUUGUAUUCCAUCUGCAGUGAGCCUCUGAUAGAGCUGUCCAACCCCGGGGCUAGUGGAUCCUUGUUUUUCGUGACCAGUGAUGAUGAAUUUAUCAUCAAAACGGUUCAGCACAAAGAAGCCGAGUUCCUUCAGAAGCUCCUGCCGGGAUAUUACAUGAAUUUAAACCAGAACCCAAGGACUCUUUUGCCAAAAUUUUACGGCCUGUACUGCAUGCAGUCAGGGGGCAUCAACAUCAGGAUCGUGGUGAUGAACAACGUUCUGCCCCGCUCCAUGAGGAUGCACUUCACCUACGACUUGAAAGGCUCGACGUACAAGCGCAGAGCGUCCCGGAAAGAGAGAGAGAAAUCCAACCCCACCUUUAAGGACCUGGAUUUCCUGCAAGACAUGCAUGAAGGCUUGUAUUUUGAUAUAGAAACGUACAACGCGCUCAUGAAAACACUGCAAAGAGACUGCCGGGUGCUGGAGAGCUUCAAGAUCAUGGACUAUAGCCUUUUGCUGGGGAUCCACAUCUUGGACCAUUGCCUUAAAGAGAAAGAAGAGGAGACCGCACAAAACGUGCCGGAUGCUAAGCGGCCCGGCAUGCAGAAGGUCCUCUACUCGACAGCCAUGGAAUCCAUCCAGGGUCCAGGGAAGUCUGGAGAUGGCAUCAUCACAGAGAACCCAGACACAAUGGGAGGCAUUCCAGCCAAAAGCCAUAAGGGAGAAAAGCUGCUUUUGUUUAUGGGCAUUAUUGACAUUCUCCAAUCAUAUAGGUUAAUGAAGAAGCUAGAACAUUCCUGGAAAGCUCUCGUGUAUGAUGGGGACACCGUGUCCGUUCAUAGACCAAGUUUUUAUGCAGACCGAUUCCUUAAGUUUAUGAACUCCAGGGUUUUCAAGAAGAUCCAAGUUUUGAAGGCCUCACCUUCUAAGAAGCGGUGCAAUUCCAUCGCCGCCUUAAAGGCGACCUCUCAGGAGAUCGUGUCCUCCAUUAGCCAGGAAUGGAAGGAUGAGAAGCGAGAUCUGCUGACCGAAGGACAGAGUUUUAGUAGCCUUGAUGAAGAAGCCCUGGGCUCCCGACACCGGCCAGACCUGGUGCCCAGCACUCCGUCGCUGUUUGAAGCUGCCUCCCUGGCAACCACCAUUUCUUCUUCUUCAUUGUACGUCAAUGAGCAUUACCCCCACGACAGGACUACGCUUUACUCACACAGCAAAGGGCUGCCUUCCAGUUCCACCUUCACCUUGGAAGAGGGGACCAUCUACCUGACGGCCGAGCCAGCCGCCCUGGAAACGCAGGACGACAACGCCUCGGUGCUGGACGUCUAUUUAUAAGUGAAACUGCUGACCAUCUAAGCACAGGGACAAGAUGUACACAGUGUGGGAGAGAAGUUUCUCCUCUCCAGCAUUCUCCAGAGGAGCUUGGCUGAGCCCCACGACACACAGAGUAACGACCAGCUGGACCCGGAGCCUGCGAGAUGCCUGGGGAGCCUGGGUACACAGGCUGCUCAGCAGACGGGUGGGGAAAUACCACACUAUUCUAUCAAUUGCUGUUGCUUGCCGAACUGUGAAGAACUGCAUGAACUGUCUUUAAGCUGCUUCUAUACCAUUGCCAAUCACCUUUUUUGGAAUUGGAAGUGCUAUUUUCCUAUGGACUCUUGCGUUAUUUCAUUUUGCAUGCAUCCAGUGAUUCUACACAAAAGCAACGUACAUAAUCUGCUUAUAUAUUUUUAAAAAAUCCAUCCAUGCAAAAUGGAAAAGUAUAAAUUCUGCUUCUUUUUUUUUUUUUUUUUUUGCAAAAUCAUA